GGUCAGGUCUGGGAAUGGGCGUUGCUGAAAAAUAAUACUGUACAACUCAAAAGGAAGUCUGACAGGCGAACCUCCUUCCUUGCUGAAGCUUCUAGAACGAGAGCAUUAAUGAAGGUGUGGCCCAGGGACAGCCCUCCUCCUCCUCUCAGGGCGGAUGUUGUGGCGCAUUACCGGGUUGUGGGGCGGGGCCGAGCCUGUGCAGCAGCGCGGUUGGGUGACAUGGCGACUGAGGGAGACGUGGAGCUGGAGUUGGAGACCGAGACCAGUGGUCCGGAGCGGCCUCCUGAGAAGCCACGAAAGCAUGACAGUGGAGCGGCAGACCUGGAGAGAGUCACCGACUAUGCGGAGGAGAAGGAGAUCCAAAGUUCCAAUUUGGAGACGGCCAUGUCCGUGAUUGGAGACAGACGUUCCCGGGAGCAGAAAGCCAAACAAGAGCGGGAGAAGGAACUGGCAAAAGUCACCAUCAAGAAGGAAGAUCUGGAGCUGAUAAUGACAGAGAUGGAAAUCUCACGAGCAGCAGCGGAGCGGAGCUUGAGGGAACACAUGGGCAACGUGGUAGAAGCUCUUAUUGCUUUAACCAACUGAUUUGUCCUUUUUCAGACCUACCCACUGGAUUAACUUAUUGCAAUAAAGGUGUCUUUUUUUUGCAGUUUUAUCAUUUUGGAUCAAAUGCAAUGUAUAUUGUAUUUUAUUGUGGGAAAUGUACAUAUUGGAGUAUAACUGAAUUUAAGUGCCCCCUACCUCACAGCCCUUUAUGAACCUAUGUGAAAAUAGUUUAGAAGAGCAUCUCAGGUUCAGGUGCAGAUGCCAGGUGGCACUCAUCAGACUAGAUCUCACUCAGCAGUAUUCAAGGUACAUUUGGAGCAGAGUUACUAGUACUUCAUUGCAUAUGCUGCCUAGGAACCACCACUGUAUGUAGAUGUGAGAAUACAGUUCAUAGACCACGUUGAGUUAGAAAUUAGGUAGUGGAGGUGGGUACAUGGUGCGAACAAUAGAAGAUAACAAAGUUUAGAUCCUAUGUAAAAUUAUUCAGAGAUUUUGAUUUAUUGAAAUUAAUUUUAAUCUUUGAAUUCUGAACCACAACACUGAUAUCUUAUAUUCCAUUUUAUAUCCAGGAGAGAAGAUAAACUUUACUUUAAAAGUUGAUGAGCUUUGACCCUAACCAGGGUGGCUCAGUUGGUUGAACAUCAUCCUGCAAAGUAAAAGCUCACUGGUUUGAUUCCUGGUCAGGGCACAUGCCUGGUUUGUGAGCCAGGUGCCCAGUUGGGGCGUGUGUGAGAUGCAAUCAGUCCAAUGUUUCUCGUCCGCACCCCUUCCCUUCCUCUCUAGAAAUAAAAUCUUAAAAAAAAAAAAAGGGGGAGUUGAUGAACUUUUGUUUUCUGAACUGUAAAGUGAUACACACCAGAGA